AGAACAGCUUAGCUAAUUCCAUUUGAAUCCCACUAUAAAACCCUUCCCUAAUAAUGCAAACCCUAAAUCAUCCCAUCUUCAACCUCAAACAAUCCCUCUCAGUCACCAAAGCAAAAUGCGUGAAAUCCUUCAUAUUCAAGGCGGCCAAUGCGGCAACCAAAUCGGCGCCAAGUUCUGGGAAGUUAUAUGUGCGGAACACGGCAUAGAUCCAACGGGGCGUUACAAUGGAGAUUUGGAUCUUCAACUCGAGAGGAUCAAUGUUUACUACAAUGAAUCCAGUUGUGGUAGGUUCGUUCCUCGUGCUGUUCUUAUGGAUCUUGAGCCUGGGACCAUGGAUAGCAUUAGAUCUGGUCCGGUUGGUCAGAUUUUCAGACCGGACAACUUCGUGUUUGGUCAGUCCGGUGCCGGUAAUAACUGGGCUAAAGGGCAUUAUACUGAAGGUGCUGAGUUGAUUGAUUCUGUUCUUGAUGUUGUACGGAAAGAAGCUGAAAAUUGCGAUUGUCUUCAAGGAUUUCAGGUUUGUCAUUCAUUGGGAGGUGGAACUGGAUCUGGAAUGGGAACACUUUUGAUUUCGAAGAUAAGGGAAGAAUACCCAGAUCGGAUGAUGUUAACUUUCUCGGUUUUCCCAUCUCCUAAGGUCUCUGAUACGGUUGUGGAGCCUUACAAUGCUACAUUAUCUGUUCAUCAACUGGUUGAAAAUGCUGAUGAGUGUAUGGUUCUUGACAAUGAAGCCUUGUAUGACAUUUGUUUCCGUACACUUAAGCUCUCCAAUCCCAGCUUUGGUGAUCUGAAUCAUCUAAUAUCUGCAACAAUGUCUGGAGUUACUUGCUGCUUACGUUUCCCUGGCCAACUCAACUCCGAUCUUCGAAAACUCGCCGUAAAUCUCAUCCCAUUCCCUCGUCUUCACUUCUUCAUGGUCGGUUUUGCUCCACUCACUUCAAGAGGCUCCCAACAAUACCAAGCUCUAACUGUCCCCGAACUCACUCAACAAAUGUGGGAUGCAAAGAACAUGAUGUGCGCAGCCGAUCCUCGACACGGCCGGUACUUAACCGCAUCAGCUAUGUUCCGUGGUAAAAUGAGCACCAAGGAAGUAGAUGAACAAAUGCUAAACGUUCAAAACAAGAACUCAUCCUACUUUGUUGAAUGGAUUCCCAACAACGUGAAAUCAACCGUGUGUGACAUCCCACCAACCGGUCUCAAGAUGGCAUCGACAUUCAUUGGGAACUCAACGUCAAUACAAGAGAUGUUUAGGCGUGUGAGCGAACAAUUUACGGCUAUGUUUCGAAGGAAGGCUUUCUUGCAUUGGUAUACAGGUGAAGGCAUGGAUGAAAUGGAAUUUACUGAAGCAGAGAGUAAUAUGAAUGAUUUGGUAUCAGAGUAUCAACAGUAUCAAGAUGCAACAGUUGAUGAAGAAGAAGAGUAUGAAGAAGAAGGAGCUGAAUAUGAAUGAGAAAAUUAAUAUUUGAACUUAUUAAAUAUAAUUUCCAGUUUCUGUUUUUUUUUAAUUAAUUAUUGCGAAAGAAAUUAGUUAUUUUGAUGUGUAUGGAGUUUCAUGGUAAUGGCCAGUUUCAAUAUGAAGCAAAAGGGAUUGUAUUAUUGUUCAAAAGCCUUUGAAAAACAGAUUUAAGAAAUCAAAGUACUUACAAAUUCUUGUGCUGUUUUGCAUUUA